UGACGAGGAGAACCGCCUCCGAUUUUGCCGUGCGGCCGACAGCUCCCCCUCCGUGUAACGGCGUAGGUCGGAGCCCGAUGGUUUUUGUAACGCGUGAAAGUUUGGGCUCCGUAUGACCUUUAGUGCGGUAAAAUAGUUCAUGGACAAUAGGGGUUUUUUUUUACUGAUUGGGAAUCAACAAUAGCGUCGGGUGGAUAGCGUCGGGAAAUUCGGCUGGGGAGCACGGCUGAUUGCGAGGGCGGCGGAAAAUUUUGUCGCGAGGGACGAUUCGCGGUCGGUUGUCGAUUUUCGCCGCGAGUUACCGCGCGUUGGCCAUUUUGGCGGGUGACGUGUUUUGGUGCGUUCUACUUAUUGACAGCCAUCGUCAGCGUUGUACCGAGGGUGUUUAGGGAGGGAAAAUCCCGAUCGGAGGCGUUCGCCGUUAUGUAAUCGGUGAAACUCUGGCGGUGGUGAUGAAACGUGAGUGGAAAAAAAGCAUGUAAUCUACGAUGGCGAAGAAUAUCGAUUCGCGUGUGCACUGCUCGAUGGCGCUUGCGCAGUUCAGUUUACAGUUGGAGCUUGGAAGAAAAUGGCGUCAGCUAAGUUUCUAGAGGAAGCUCUUAGUACGGACGUCGAUGAAUCCGCAGUAAACGCGAUUGUCGGUUCCCUCGAGACCCAGUUGGUCACGUCUACGCCGGCCAUAUCAACCCACCAAGUGAAUACCGGUUCGGUUAACCAAAAUCAUCAGUUGAACAGUGCUAUUUCCAACGGGGGUACCAUCUCCGCGGCACAGAAACAUGGGGUUGCUAACGGCGGUGCUACUUCCAUGAACAAUCUGAUCACACAACAAGACUCGAGCAAGUCGAUCACCACGAGUACCCUGCUACCGGUAAACGUUGUCACAUCGAACACGGUCGUACACACUACUUCCCAGCAGCACCCGCAGUCAGGAAUACACACAGCUGCCUUCAUAAACCAAGUCACAACCAACAAUCAAACUAAUAUAUCUAAUUUAACGAAAACGCACGAGCAGCAACCGGUGAAGCUCAUAUACCCGACGUCGACCACCGGAAUAGUAAAUGUUAACAACAGACUGUCGUUCCCCACGCAAACGGUCGGCCAUCUACCCAAUGGCAGCAUAGGCGUCACGUCUCAGACGGUGCUACAGACCACGUCGGGUAUAGCUGCUCACAACAUCGGCUCCAUAUCGCAGUCCAACAGCCAGUCGACGACCUCCACGCUGUCCUUGGCGUCGGCAAAUGUCAACAAGCAGCAGGGAGGCACUGCUUUGGUUAUAAAAACUAACGCGGCACCCGGGGGCAUGGUUUCCGUCCCAAUGUCUGUCCCCGUUUCAGUGGCUGGGAAUGCCGCCAGCACUACCCUGCAAGGGAAAGCUGGCGUCACCUCUACUAUAGUACCAAGUAAUGUGCAAAUUCUUAAUGUCAACACCAUGAGACCCGGCACUCCCGUAGCUGGACAACAGCCCGGGAAACAAGUCGCGUCCAGGGUCGUCAUUGGACAGCACAUGGUUGGAACCAGACCCGGCGCACCAGGGGACUCCGCUUUCCAGAUAACGCUGCAGGCGCUCCAAGGCCUGCAGCCUGGGACUCAGGGCCAUCUACUCCUGAAGACGGAAAAUGGGCAGUACCAGUUGCUGAGGGUAGGGCCAGCCCCGAGUGCGGGCACCCCUGCAGGAGCAGCUGUGACGCCGAAUAGUAUUGCGGGAGGUGCAAUGGUCGCGCCGACUGCGGGCACGACCUAUCGCCUAGCCUCUGUGCCGGCUGUAAGUAGGCUGAACACUCAGUUCACUGGCCCGCCACUCGCCACCCUAAGAAAACCCGUUCAGACCGUAGCCCCAAGCGUCACAACCGCAACCUCCACCCCGGGUACCAUAACCACCGUAGCUGCUGCGACACCGGUACCUGCUGCAACUAAAGUCCAAACAGCACAAAAUCCUGCCCAGCGACAAGCCACAGAUAAUACCAAAGAAAAGUGCCGUAAAUUCUUAGCAAAUUUGUUAGAGUUGUCUAGUCGAGAACCUAAAACAGUGGAACGAAAUGUUCGGACGUUGAUUCAAGAAUUAAUUGAUACUAGAGUAGAACCGGAAGAAUUUUGUGAUAGACUCGAAAGAUUACUAAACGCAUCCCCCCAACCAUGCCUAAUCGGAUUCCUCAAGAAAAGUUUACCACUCCUACGACAGUCCCUUGUCACCAAGGAUCUGGUUAUCGAAGGCAUACGCCCCCCUCCUGCCAACGUGGUUUUCUCCAUAGCGGACAACGUGCCAGUUGCACAGGUGCAGAAUCAGUUGAGGCCCACGGUUGCUGUGGCGGCCUCAGGUCCUGCGACAGCCCUAGCUACGACGCAAGUUCGAGUAAUGGCACCGAUAGCUGGUGCUACUACGAUGGUUCAACGACCGACGCAACAAAUUCCACAGAGACUGAUACGACCAGUGGUGACCAUGGUCCGGAGUCCCACAGCGCACACGGUGAAAACAACCGUAGCUGUCAGUGGGAUACGACCCACUGCGCCAGCUGCCCAAAAGCCACCGGUCACCGUCGUAAAAACAGUCGCUACUACUGCACAGGGCAAGACCGUCAACACGACAACCACCCUCAACAAAGCCGUAGUGCCUUCCCUAGUUCCAAAACCAACGGCUAAGGAAAAAGAGAAAAAAACGUUUUCGUCCGCGGGUUACACCGGGGACGACGACAUCAACGACGUGGCAGCUAUGGGAGGGGUGAAUCUCGCCGAAGAAUCACAGAGAAUUUUAGGUUCCACCGAAUUUGUCGGGACCCAAAUUCGGUCUUGUAAAGACGAAGUAUUCCUACACAUGACACCGUUGCAGCAGAGGAUCAAGCAAAUAGUCUCGAGUUACGGGUUGGAAGAACCCAACGCAGAAGUCGCUUCUCUGAUAUCGCACGCGACGCAAGAGAGGCUAAAAAAUUUAGUAGAAAAACUAGCGGUGAUAGCCGAGCACCGGAUAGAUCUAAUCAAGGUCGACCCUAGAUACGAAGUAACCCAAGACGUGAGAGCGCAGUUGAAAUUUCUGGAAGAACUGGAUAGGGUGGAGCGUCGGAGGCACGAAGAGCAGGAAAGAGAAUUGCUCUUGAGAGCGGCCAAGAGCCGCGCCAAAACGGAGGACCCCGAGCAGGCGAAGCUCAAGGCGAAGGCGAAGGAGAUGCAACGUGCGGAGAUGGAGGAAUUGCGGCAACGAGAAGCGAAUUUGACGGCGUUGCAGGCGAUCGGUCCGCGCAAGAAGCCAAAGUUGGACGUGGGUAGUUCGGGUGGGGCAAGUGGAAACGGGGCUGGGAUAAGUUCCUCUACCUCCGGUCUCAGUAGACAAAUGCCGAUGCGACCGCGUUUGAAAAGAGUUAAUUACAGAGACCUUCUGUUCCUUUUGGAGCAGGAAAAGGAGACGUGUAGGAGUACGAUGCUUUAUAAAUCCUACUUGAAGUGAUGUUGUGCGAGGGGCAGGAACGACAGUGACCCGCCCUAUACCCGGCGCCCUAAUCGCAUGGUCUUGCGUGAGCUGGACUCAUUGGACCCUGAUCGCUGCUGUGUUUUUAAAUACAUCAUGGUGUUUCUACGAACGUGUACAAUGAAACUCACCACACAGGUCGGCCUGGUAUUUCAUAUACAUUCAAAAAUAACGUUAUUCGUACCACGUCGAUUAAUGAUAAGCUUCCCCAUGUAAAUGACUGAAAACAAAUUUUUUUAAAUGUAAUAUAAACGAAACGAAAAACGAGAAGGAAAAAAAAAACAAACAAACACAACAUCAACAACAACAACAACAACAA